AGACGACGGGCGAUGGAGGCCGAUUAAGUGCGCCCCGAAACGCAAGGGAUUGUGUCUUCGUGCCAUUUCUUGGAUCUCCGGCGACUCUGCAGCGGGAGGGGGAGGGAGACAUGGAGGCGGCGAGCGCGGCGCCGGCGGCGGACAAGAGACGCCACCCGUUCCCAUGGCUGAAUCUGAUGGCGACGGAGCCCUUCUACCUGCUCCACUUCCUUCUCUUCUUUUCCUACCUCGGGGCCCGCAGCUCCGCCUCCCAAACCCUCUCCGCCGAUCUCGUCGAUCGCCUCUUCCGUCGGGAGAUUCAGGCGAUUCUUGCGUUCGUGGUGCUGGUGGCAGUAAAGAUGGUGAAAGAGGAAACCUGGGAGGCAUUCGUUGCUAAUACUCUGCUUUAUGCCAAGGGAUUCCUAUUGGCAAUCGCCUUAGUAAUUGAUUAUCACUUGGCUCUUUGUUACUUAUUGGGGUUCCUAGUAAUAUCCAUUAUAACUCAGCAACCACCUUAUGAUGGCCUAGGUGAUUGUAGUCAAUUAACCCCUUUGCAAUUGGAAAGCUUACUAACUGAAGGAAGCACCUCAAGGUUUUGGCUGGUUGAGUUUCGGGCUUUAUGCUCUUCAACAUGCGUGCAAAAAUGUCGUAUUUUCCCUGAUCUCUCCGUAAUAUACUCAAACAAAAAUAUUUCUUUUGGAGUAGUUGAUAUUGGGCACUUCCCAAAUGCUGCAGAAAAGUUUGGAAUAUCUUUACCUGGUCAAAUUCCUACAUAUAUUUUGUUUGAUAAUGCGGUGGAAGUUGCUAGACUACCUGAAUUCAGCUAUACAGAAGCUUCUGUCCCAACAAUUAGCAAGAAACUUCUUUGCCAACAUUUUGAGCUUGAUAGACGGCUGAUCCAAUACGUGUCGGAAUAACAUGUUACGCAACAAAUUUUGUUACU